GCAAUAGAACACACGCACACACGCACAUGCACAUGCACACUACACACGCCCGCGCGCACCACGCUCGUUUUGGCUCGCGCUCGCUGGCCUCGCCGUGAGCGGCGCACCGCGUUCGUGCGCUUUUUUGUUCCCGGAAAGCUUCUACCUGAGCGCUGGAUCUCAGCUCGCCAUGCGAUGGAUAGUCUGUGGCAAUACCAGUUCAGGAUUAUUCUGCUCGGCGACUCAACGGUCGGUAAAUCGUCUCUGCUUAAACGCUUUACGGACGGUGUGUACAGUGAUGUGGCGGACCCGACGGUCGGGGUGGAUUUUUACGCCCGAUCACUCGAUAUAGAACCAGCGGUGAAGAUUAAAUUGCAGCUCUGGGACACCGCCGGGCAAGAGAGAUUCAGGUCUAUUACAACCUCCUACUACCGCAACUCGGUGGGUGGCCUUCUGGUGUUUGACCUGACCAACCGCAAGAGCUUCGAGCAUGUGCGUGAAUGGCACCGCGAAGUCACUGAGCACAUCCUUCCACACCACAUGGUGUACAUCUUGGUUGGCCACAAGAGUGACCUGAUUCGAGAGCGCAAGGUGCUCCGUGACGAGGCUGAGCAGCUGGCGGCUGAGUUGGGUGUACGCUAUGUAGAAACCUCAGCCAAGUGCAACAGCAAUGUGGAGCGUGCCUUCGAGCUGCUCGCACGUGACAUCUACGAGCUGAUGAAGAUGGGCGAAAUUUCAGCACGUGACGGCUGGGACGGCGUGAAAAGCGGCCUCACGGCUAAAGUCCUCUACCCUGCUGAAGAAGAGGCAGAAAGAGAGAAGAGCUGCAAUUGCUGACCUGGGGCGUUCACCUUCAACCUCUCACCUGUGUGUCUGUUAUUCGUCCUUGCUGAGUUCAUGCUUUCACUUCCUGUAUUGCAAGUCAAGCUUGCCACUUGUUCCUGCAUUUUCUGUCCCCGUCUUGAGUUGUGUGGUUCUAUGAAGGAGCACCAUGCAGGUCUAGUUAAAAGUUAGUCUGGGAUAGGCUUCAGGUUGGAUGAAUAAAAGCUUGAAUGGACAGCACAAGUUCUAAUCAAGAUGCAGGAAGGUGCUCGGAGACAUCGCAGGUUGUAAGAGAUGGCAGCGGACUUCUAUUCCCCCCCCCCCCCAUAUUUUUUUGAGCUUUAAAUCUCUAUCUUUUUUGUCACACAGUGUUUAAUCACUGAAGAGGAAUGUAGUGUUCUUUCUAUUUGUGGAAAGCUUUACUCCACCUGCUCUAUCUGUUCCACAAGUGUUUAACCUUUACUUUUAUAUUCAAACGCUUUCACAUAAUUCACAAGAACUCACACUUUGAUGAUACACACGAACUUGCUAGAUUUCAUUCCGAUUGGGUUAUUCAUUCAAUCCAGAAUGUUUAGUGCGGUUAACAUGUAAAUGAAUCAUGCAAAAUCAGGGGUGGGAAAACUGUAAACUUGAGCUUGAAAUCAUUUUACACGGAGACACAGAAAUUCCAAGUCGGUCUUGCUGUCUGUAUGCUAUUGCAUCUGUCACUAAUAGUUAAAAUAUUAGCAAUUCUAUGUGCCAAAAUUUUGGCCUCAUAAUACAGUACUAUAGGUAUUAUUAUGUGAUAACUGAAACUUAUCAUCAAACUGAAAUUUCCAAUUGCAUCACCUCAGAGUUUAUACUUCUAUCUUGAGUCUUGUGUCUAUAAGAAAAAGGAGAGAAGAAUCUGAGUGCCAGUAUAUUGGGCUCUGUCGUUAGCUCUGCCUUCGGCGAUGGCUUGUGGCCUGAACAUUACUGCACCCUCUCAGAGACGCAGCUCCUACAAGCUUCCUCUCUGUGAAUCAAUAAACAGAGAGAAUAUAUGGUCACAGUCAGUGUUAGACGUGCCAAACUCAUAAUAAUGUGUGAAAAAGGGGGCUAUUCUAUUUAUACUGUAUGCAAUCCAGCUGUAAUUUUAAAUAUGGAUUAUAUCUAAAUACUGUAUGUCUAUGAGGGUCAUUCAAUCAUCAAGGCCACUUCGAUUCUCCAGUAGCAGUAGGUUCUACUUGAUUAAGAGCUAUUAUAUACACACACAGGAGUAGACAAAUCUUAUAGAUGCUCAAGCGUAAACUCUGCACUUAAUAUCAAACUUAAACAGAGAAGACGUGUUUAUAGAUUAUAUAAAUACCUUCCUUUUUUACUACCUGUACAUAAAUGACUUGUAUGCCCUGUGAAAGGGGGCAUCUUACAAGCACGAAAGGAUGUUAUCAACCUAGCUAGCUAGCGAUGUUAAUUAGCCUAAAAUGGUAGCUAACAUAUUAGACCAUAAAUCAAUUUUAUGCAUUAUAAUUUUGACGUGUUUGUUGCAAAUGGGUGCCAUAAAUGGUAUUGUCUUUUAAAUUAUUAUUUAUUCUUUUGAAUAUUAUUUUAUAUUAACUAUAUUAUUAUUAUUAUUAUUAUUAUUAUUAUUAUUUUAUUUAUUUAUGUUUUUAACAUAAUCUCCAUUUUGUUCGAUGUUGUUGCUAAACAAGAGUCUGGGGGCAUCUAGAAAAUAACCCCCAAAAAACAUGAUUUAAUUAACGUUACAAUUAUUUGACCUUACUAUUUUAAUCAAAGGACACCAUGUAGUAAGAUGUGAUGGUAAAUGGCUAUGUCCUGGGUAUCAUGAAUGACAAGUCUUAACCCUGGACUGAAAGACACGUUUGUAUUUAAAGCCAGGUCUUAGAUGGUCAUCUAGGUUUUUACACAUCUUGCAGUCUCAGAGGCAAUGGAUAGCUUAAGCCCCUCACAGACUGUUAAAAGCCCCUGGUCUUUUGAAGACUUUUUAAAACGUUCAUGUUGAGCUGUAAAAUAGAACAGUACCUAUUCUGACCAGCAGUUGGCACUGUUUUUAGUUUACAGCCACUGGACAGUCUUCAUUCAUUCAUUCAUCCAUGGAUCUGCCAAAUGUAACUGUUGUAAUGCCAGUUUGGAAGUUUCUAGUUCUAAUAAAAUUAAACAACUCUAAUCAAUAAAAUGUAGGUCGUAAAAUGUAUGCGAGUCUUAGUCUCACUUGGCUACGCCCCUCAUCGCCUCCAGCCCUAGCAAUGCUCCUGCUCAGAGGUAUAAAUGCAGGUCAUUUGAUUUUUAUCAACAUAACUUUUUGAUAACAUUCACUGACUCUGAAUAUAAUCUGUUUUCUCAAAGGUACGAUUGAUUUAUCUUAUUGGAAAUAGCAAAGAAUUCUCAUUCCCUUUAUCAUCCUGACAUUAAUGUGCAUUUCUUCAUUUAUUCUAAUGCUGUAUGGUUAUUUCUAGUUUCUGGCUUUGUUUAAUAGCCUGAGUUUGGCACAUACUCAUCUUUGUGUAAUCCUAGUAGGUAGCUAUGAGUGAGUUUCAGCUAAUAAAAUUAAGCAUCACCACACAGUCCUCCCGCAAAGAUAUUCACUGACAACCGUCUCAUAGACAUGUUAAUGGAGUGUACUGUGAGUUCUUAAGAACUGUAAAGAUAAUACAAGCAGGGACAACCUAUUUAAUCUUACCUGGUCUGAUGAGGUUUUAGUGGAUGCUACAGAGCAGUUCCCCAAAUAAACAUGACAUCUUAGACACAUAGUUAUAGUCACUAUAGCUUCACAAAUAUGCACAAGCUUAUUAAUGUAGUAAAAUGUAAAGUGAUAACUCUUCUCUGUUAUUUUUGUUCUGUUAGUCAUUUGGUAUAUUGGACAUAUAAUAUUACAUUCUAUAAUAUUCUCUAA